AUGGGUUUCGAGGGUGUCUACCGAGCCAUAUACGACUAUGCUCCGCAAGGAGAAGGAGAGUUGGAAAUCCAAGAUGGUGAUUUGCUUUUUGUUCUCGACAAGAGCGCGGACGAUGGCUGGUGGAAGGCGAAGAAGAAGGCAGCCGACGAAGGCGAAGAGGAGCCCGAAGGCCUGAUCCCGAAUAAUUACGUCGAGGAGGCGACCGCUUCGAACAAGGCAAAGGCGCUGUAUGAUUACACUCGUCAAACGGAUGAGGAACUGUCGUUCACCGAAGAGUCGCUCCUCGAUGUUUAUGACACUUCCGACCCCGACUGGACCCUCGUUGGCUUCAACGGAGAGUUUGGCUUCGUUCCGUCGAACUACAUCGAGGAAGCGGAAGAUGACGAACAGGCUCCUCCGAAACCGGCUCGACCACCAGCUGCCCCGGCACUGCCGAGAGCUGCUCCAGUAGAAGAACCAGAAUCCAUUCCUCCGUCUCCGGAUACCCCGACGCAGAGCCCGGCUGCUGCUCUGGCUGGGAUACUUGCGCAGAAGACGGGCGGUGGUGACGAUGUUGCAUCAAGAUACAGUGCCCCGGCAAGAGAUUCUUACGCACGAGAGUCGCGUCCAGUACCUCCACCGCCCGCGGAAGAUGAAGACGCCCCGCCGUUGCCAUCCCGAAGCGUGCGGUUCGCCGAAGAGGAGGAAGACACGCCUCAAUUACCUCGAAGACCGCCAAGCGAAGUGUCCCCCCCUCCGAUGUCCCCGAUGUCCCCGAUAUCCCCAACUUUUUCUCCUACAGAGUCUCGAUCGACGCCGCCGCCACGCAACAACUUCGGAGGGAGCUUCAAGUUGUUCAAUAUCUAUCAGGUCAAGAGCGCGCUUGGAAAGGAGCAUAAGAUUAAGUCGGUGCUAGGUAUUGAUGUUCGGAAUUGCCGGAUCAUGGUAUCCGAGAUCGACUCGGGUGGUGGUCAGAAAGGAAAGGAGCAGGUAUGGGACGGCAGUCACAUGACGAACUACAGCAUCGAGGGCAAACGCGUCUUCAUCGUCGUAAUUCGCCCGUCGCAUGAGUUCCACAUCCACGCCGGCAACACCGAGACCGCCGAGGAAAUCACCCGCAUGCUCGGCGAAAUCUCCGGCGCCGUCCGAUCGCAGUCGGAGCUCGGUCCCAUGGCCGAGAUCCUCAACGCCGCGCAGGGCAACGCCAGCCGAAAAAAGUCGGGCAUCGUCAAGUUCGACUUCUCCCCGAACGACGCCGACGAAAUCGCCGUCCAGGAAGGCGACCACGUAGAGAUCCUCGACGACCGCUCUAGCGAAGAGUGGUGGAAGGUGCAGAACAUGCGGACGGGCGACGAGGGCGUCGUGCCUGCUCAGUACGUCGAGUUGACGGCCGGGGGUCUCGAUACUCGCAGCACCGUGGAAAAGAAUCGGGCGGAAGAAGAGCGACAGGCGCGGGGCGCCUCGAAGAGGGGUCAUAAGAAGUCGGAAAACGGUUCGGUGGGACCGGGAUUGCCGCUCCCGCAGAGAGGAAGCAGUCUCAUGAGAGAUGAUCCCUCUAGCCGAAGUGGUUCGCAGCGGAAAUCGAAGCGGGGAAGCACGCAGGGUAGUUCGCGGGCGGAGAAACCAAAUCCGGCCAAAGUUCGCCAAUGGACUGAUCGGACGGAGUCAUUCAAGGUUGAUGCUGAAUUCCUUGGCCUCCGGGAAGGCAAGAUUCAUCUGCAUAAGCUCAACGGCGUGCGCAUCGCCGUCCCCGUUUCCAAGAUGUCCAUGGUCGAUAUUGAGUACGUGGAGGAUGCCACCGGUGUCUCUCUCGAUGAGGAUAAGCCGCUCUCCGAGAUCCGAAGCAAGAAUUCCAGGCGGGGAUCCCCCACAGCCGGAGCCAGCAUCGACCGGAGCGCCGGUAGCAAGUACGAUUGGUUCGAUUUCUUCCUGGCGUGUGGAGUCAAUCCGCAGAUUUGCGAGCGAUACAAUCAGGCGUUCAAGCGCGAUCAGAUGGGAGAGGAGACCAUGGAGGCCAUCAAUCCACAGACGCUACGCACGCUAGGCAUCAAAGAGGGUGACAUCUUGCGCAUCAUGAAGUACCUGGAUUCCAAGUUCAAUCGAGGUGAGGGUGGCGGAGCGAAUGGCUCUGCUGGUGGGCUCUUCUCUGGGCCGGGUGGCACGCUCUUGAACAAUACGAAGAAGGGCCGCCCAGCUCCACCGGUUGAGACGAACAACACAGUGGAUGCCGACGCGUUCAGGCUGAAAGACGAGAAGGAAGCGCAGCCGGAAGACGCCAAACCUACGCCAAUCGCUUCUGGACCACCACCUCCGGAGAAGGACAACGUUGGUGGCUUUGACGAUAAUGCCUGGGAGCCGCGGAAAUCCAAGUCCGCCGUUCAAGUCUCUUCGGCCCCGGUAUCCAGCCCUUCUCCUGCAGUCACUGGAUCGCUCGCCGAACUCUCCUUGCUCAGUCCACCUCUGCAGCCGACAAUAGCCCAGCCAGCCCAACCAUCUCCUCCAACAGCAGCCCCCGACCAAGCUGUCGCGCCCGCACAGCCCGCACAACCUACCGGCGCCACUCCCUCUCUCUUCGACCAGCUUGCACAGGCGCCACCCCAGGGCCUCAAUGUGUCCCGACAACGACCUGCUCCUCCGCAACAGACGACCGGGAACUCCCUCAUCGCGCCUCCUCCCGCGCGCGCCUCGUCCGCGCCGAAUGCGCAGCAGAACGCGUUCCAGCCACCGCCGCUGCAGCCGCAGCUCACCGGCUACCACUCCGGCGUCAUCCACGCGCAGCCCUCCGGCCCGGGCCAGAGCAUGAUCGAGUUGAACCAGCAGAAAAUGGCGCAGCAAUACGCUCAAAUGCAGCCGCAACCCACAGGGUUCCAACCCCAAUUCGGCCCCAACGGCAUGCCGAUGUCGUACCCGAACGCCCAAUUCCAACAACCCCAAUCCACCGGGUUCCAACCCCAACCCACCGGGUUCCAACCCCAACCCACCGGGUUCCAACCCCAACCCACCGGUUUCCAACCCCAACCCACCAACCUCGGCAACCAAUCCGGCUCACCCUUCGCCGACCCCCCCCGCGCCCCCUUCCAGCCCCAACCCACCGGGUUCCAAUCCCCGUCCACCUACUCCCCCUCUCCUCUCCACCCCCAACCCACCGGCAUCAACGCUUUCCUCCCCCCCGCUCUCCAGCCACAACCCACCGGCUUCCAAGCCUCCCAACCCACCGGCUUCCAACCACCUCCUGUCCCGCCGAUCCCGCAGAGCCAACCCGCCGCACAGCCGCUGCAGCCCCAGAAGACGGGGCCGCCGCCGCCCGUGCGCUUCGGGGUUGCCGGGCAGAAGAAGUUGGCGCCGCAGCCGACGGGACGGCGGGCGAAUUUGAGUCAGGCGACGCCGAACAACCCGUUUGGAUUCUAG